UAAUGUUACAUUAAUGAUAGUACGAAAAUUUAAAUCAGACAUGUCGUCUAUACUUGAUAUUAUCAUUCACUCUAUUCAACAUGUCAUGUCAAAUCACCAGAUUGAGAAGGUAAAGCAGGUGACGGCAGAUCUGGGUUCUGCUGCAUCCUCUCAUUACGCAAAAGGUCUCUGCUCUAUGCCAAAUAUUCGAUCAUUGGAGCUGCAAAAUGUGAAGCUUAGUGAUGAGUUCUACUCAACGAUGGCCUCUGAGGCAUCAAGAUCGAUGAUUGAGGAGCUAAUUCACCGUGAAGCAAGUCUGGGUUCAGCUGCAUCCUCUCAUUACGCUAGAGGUCUCUGCUCCAUGCCAAAACUUCGAUCACUCAAUCUGGACCGUGUAGUAAUGAGUGAUGAGUUCUACUCAACAAUAGCCUCUCAGGCAUCAAAGUCAAAGAUUGAGGAGCUAAAGCACGAGUUUACAGAUCUGGGUUCUGCUGCAUCCUCUCAUUACGCGAGAGUUCUCUGCUCCAUGCCAAAUCUUCGAUCACUCAAUCUGGACAGAGUGAGGCUAAGUGAUGAGUUCUACUCAACAAUGGCCACUGAGGCAUCACAAUCAAUGAUUGAGGAGCUAAAGCACGAGUUUACAGAUCUGGGUUCUGCUGCAUCCUCUCAUUACGCGAGAGUUCUCUGCUCCAUGCCAAAUCUUCGAUCACUCAAUCUGGACAGAGUGAGGCUAAGUGAUGAGUUCUACUCAACAAUGGCCACUGAGGCAUCACAAUCAAUGAUUGAGGAGCUAAAGCACAAGUUCACAGAUCUGGGUUCCGCUGCAUCCUCUUAUUACGCGAGAGGUCUCUGCUCUAUGCCAAAUCUUCGAUCACUGGAACUGUUAUAUGUGAUGCUUAGUGAUGAGUUCUACUCAACGAUGGCCACUGAGGCAUCAAAAUCAACGAUUGAGGAGCUAAAGCACGAGUUCACAGAUCUGGGUCUUUCUGCAUCCUCUCAUUACGCGAGAGGUCUCUGUUCCAUGCCAAAACUUCAAUCACUCAAUCUGGACAGAGUGAUGCUAAGUGAUGAGUUCUACUCAACAAUGGCCACUGAGGCAUCACAAUCAAUGAUCCAGACGCUGAUUAUAGGGGGUGUUUCCAUAACUCCAUGUCGACUACAUUCCAUUCUCUCGCUGCCACGCCUCCAGUCACUCAGCUUGAGGGAUAUCAGACGAGUUGACAUGGACGAUGGAGAGACACUGACUCGUCAAAUAACCUCAGUAUAUGAACUAUCUGUGGAAUAUAAGCAUGUGACCAGUCUGUGGAAUCUCGGACUUCAUACAUCAUGUCCCCGAGUUCAAAAACUCGAACUGAACUUGCUGUUCUCGGAGAGUGUCUCAUCAGACAUCGUGACAAUGGCAUGUUCUCCAUUCCAUCAUCUAACUCACCUUCACAUCCAGGAAUAUCCGCCUGUUGUAACGUCAAUUGAACUAAAUGAUCCCGUGUUAUUCUGCAAGGCGGUUAAAACAUCAUGUCCUCGGCUCACCAAGCUGUCCCUUACCGACAUUGUCCUGACCAACAAGAAGGCAGCUGAGAUCAUCCAACUCAUGAAGUCUCAUCCAUACCUGACAAGGAUAGAGUUGAAUUUGUGUCUUACCAACGUGGAUCUGGAUUCACUGAUGUCUGAGGUAAACAGUGAAGGCAAGCUGACUGUCACCAUGAAGCAUGGGAAGCGGAAGUUGUGGAGUUUAACGCUCGAGUAAUAUGUGGUUUGGCCGUCAAGCAACAACGUAUCAACGUUGGAAGAUGACCCUCAUCAGACCACUUGAUGGCAGCAGAAUACUACGGACUUCAGAAUGAAUGUUGUCGAGUGUGGCGGUAACCAAGCUACCCGAGUAACUCAUUAUACUAAUUCAAGGAUAUCUAAAGUUAAAAUGCAUGAAAUAUUAUAUCAUAAACAUAUCACUGCUUAUGCCCUUUCUCGAUACUUUUAAAGAAUAACUUUAUAAUUUUGUUGAUGCAAAUGGCGAAGGUCGAUUUAUUUUGGGAGCGAAUUUCAAUUAUCUGCAGCCUCUUCGAAAGUACUUUGACCUAAGCAAAGCAUUUGUGCUUACUACAAGCACAUCAUAUUAUAUCCUAGUGAAGGGAGAAAGAGAGAGCGCAUAUAGAUGGAAGCCAGUAUUAAGAAGGAAUCAAAAGAUAGAACGAUAGAUUUCACAGGAAAUAAAUCCGGACAGAGUAGUGGAACAAGAGGAAACAAUGCCACACACAGUAAACAUCGUUUUGUUUAUUGGUAUAAAAUGUCUUUCACAAAAGUAUUUAAAAAAGUCAAUGGCUCAGUAUUUCCUCCUUGAAUCUGAAGCAUGGUAUGGAAAAAAGAUGCCUUCGCCCUAACCUGUCCUGAUUGACUAAGCUCCUGCAUUUAUUGUUUCGGUAUCCCUUUUUCCCGUAUCAUUGUAAAGACUCGACUAAAAUAUCAAGUGGCUAAGGGCUGCAAUUGAUUUUGUUUGUGGUUUAGAUUUCUUUUCAUGACAUGUAUUCAGUUCUGAAUAGAAGUACAUGACUUUUUGUACUAAGUAUACCAUCAUUUUACAUAUAUUUAAACCAGAAACUUAUUGCAAUCACACUUGAAGCUUCAAAAUGAGCAAGAGUUUGACGGCUAAUGAGCCCUUACCAUUUUACCAUUCAUAUAAAGGGGGUCCCUGGUGAGGCAAAUAGGAUAACCAUAAGUUGGGUUAUAAUGUUCAAACAAUCUAUGCAAUAAAACCAAGAGCCUACGAUAUACAGGCUACCACCAAGAAGCUUGUCUUUUACCUUAGGCUUCUUCAUUUCCUCGUUUCUAAUUUAAUUUAAUUCCUUAAUUUACAAGUAAAUACAAACAAAUGAAAGUGAUUUGAUUUGAUUGUGAACCUAUUUUUAUCCAAAAAGAUAUUGUAUUGUUACAAUCAUUACAUUUCUGGUAAAUAAAACUGACAAUGUGGAACGUGAAAUGUGAAAUAUGUAAUGAACCGAACUGAAUUUGAACAAAUCUAAACUCUCUAGUGAUCGUUUAAUACAAUUCCAAUCGGUUUAUGUGUACUCAUAUUGGCUAUACUAUAAAGAUGAUGACCUAUAUAGCAUUGUACUAUCAUACCAAGGUCAUCUCGAAUCUGAUCCGUAAGGAUCUGUUGAUAUAUCCUUCAUCACGGUAGUACUUGUAUUCUAUAAGAAUUUCCGGUAUACCAGGAUUUAUUUCAUGAACUACGGGUAAAGUAAUUUGUGUCAAUUGUUUCUGUUUAACCGACAAUUCAUCCAUUAUCAAGAAAUAUUUUUGGAAAUACCGUGUGUAGAAUGUAUAUACUCGAUAUAGACAAACUUUAGUCUUAUUUCUGUCCUAUCCAAUACAUUCUUGCUUUUGGCAUUCAAGUGUUGAGCACAUUUUGUUCUAAAUUUGAUUGUAACAGUCAAGAAGUGAACAUUUUCAUUUCUUGAUAAGAUGUACACAAGCAUGAUACAAUAUAUGAUAUGUACAUAUGUGUAAAUAUGCCAUAAUCAUUAUAUCAUCUAUUCUUUUUAGAAUGAUGUUUUUCGUUUGUUUUGCAGUUUAGUCAAAUGGAAAUAAAACAUCCAUACACAUUGGAUUGAGUUGACAUAAUUUAAAUUAAUCAUUAUCAAUUUCAGUACCUUGAACUACAUGCCAUGUGUGGCCAAUACUAUAUUGAAGUGUUUUUCAUGGCUGGUAUUAUCUGGCAUGCUUCAUGAACUUAAUAAAUUUGACGAAAAUAAAAGUUAUAAAAUAUGAUUAUAUUUUGCAGAGUGUGUAUAUAUAUAUAUGGUUAAACUGUGACAAGAUAACAGUUUGUCUACUCAAUGUACUCUUUCAAAUCUAUUCAAACCAUAUAACCAUAUGAACCAUACAUGUCGUGCUAUUAUAGGUAUUAUUGUAUCACCCUUAUGUAUUUUGUCAUUACAUCAUUCCCAGAACGGAUACAUCCAACUAAUCAUGAUCAUAACUUUGAUAUAAUCUAGUCUGGUUUGUGUCAUGCAUGCAACAGUUAUUGAUGUAGUAAAAAAGAGGAAUUAGUCAUCUUGAUCACGAUGUGAUAUUCUUAUAUCAAAUCCUGAUCAGAUUGUGGAUACAUACAAUAAAGUAUAUUGGUAACAUGUAUAUAAAUGUCGUCGAUUUAGUAUGAGAACAAUUAGUAACCUUAUCUCGAUUGAAUAUUCUUGUAUUCAACUUUAUGAUAAUAUUCUUUAUGUAAUUAAAUCAAAUUUUGUGACAUGUAUGCAGUUGUCAUUGCUGUAUUUAUAAAGAGUAUAUACCCUAUUAAACUCGUUUUAUAUUCUUGUAUUCAACUAAUCAUGGUUAUAUUUUGGGCACUUAAUGUCAAACUCGUUUAUGCAGUAAGAGAAAGGAAUUAAUCAUUUCGAUCUCGUUGUAAUAAUAUUCUUGUAUAAAACUAAAUAAGAUCAAAUAGUGUAUACCUACAAUCUAGACUUCUUUGAGACAUGCAUGCAACAGUCGUUGUAUAUAUUACAGAGAGUGAUACAGAGAGUAAUACAGAGAGAAGCAGGGGUAGUAAGACAGAGAGAAAUGGUUUGGGAAAUGGCGUUUGAUGGAACACAUCUCUCGAUUUACAGGAUUAUUGUCGUUUUAUUUAGUAGCAUUAGAAUGCGUAUCUAUUUCUCAUCACAAUAAUGCAAUGUAUGUUAUGUUUAUGGUUUUUCUAUGAUCAGUAGAUCUUAAUAGGAUAUAGACCCAUGUGAUAUCUUAUAAAUUGUCAAAGAUUUCUAUGAUCAGUAGAUCUUAAUAGGAUAUAGACCCAUGUGAUAUCUUAUGAAUUGUCAAAGAUUUUUUAUUAUUACACUUUCUUUCAUGUUUUAUUUCAAACAUCCGUCGGUCCUGCACACUGUUUUUACCAUUCCAUCUUAUCAAUUUAAACUCUAUUAUGAACUUCUUUCCAUUUUAUGUAUAUAUUGUGAUGAUCGGUUUCAUUAAUGCCUGUGUUGUAUUCUUUUUGUCAGUUGGUGUGCAGUACACACUGAAUAAGGGAAUUUAAAGUGGAGCCUUGCAGUGUGCGUUACAUUGUGAGAGGUGUAUUCUCUUUGUUCGGGCUGGAUUGAAAACAAUCGCUCUUCAUGCAGGCUCUUUGAUUGCCUUGAGAAAUUCUGGAAUCAUCUGAAAGCCGGUGAAUUUCUCUUUGAUAUAUUUACCAUGUUCAUGGAUUUGCAGGACGGCUGUAACGUUUUUUUUUUUUAUUGAUAUCCUAAAUAUAUUGAAUAUGUUAAUAUAUAUAUUUAUACAUUAUAAUGAUCUCAGAAAGGGAAUCACUAUGUAUUCAUUCAUUCACGUAUUUCUACACACGUUUUUGUUAUAUCUUUACAAAAUUAUGUUAAUAUAUCUGAGAGUGUACAUAAUUGCAUGUGAAUAAAGUGGAAACAAAGAAUAUAUAUGACUAGCUCAGCAACAGUAGAAUAUGAAAUUUGUUGUAAGAACAUCAAAUGUUUGUAACUAUCUCAUCAGUAAUUGUAGAGACAACAUGUCUUUACUUUAUUUAAGCAGUAAGACCGUGAUUUGCUUUAAAUUACUGUUUUAUCAUGUGAUAAACUUUUUGCUAGGUUAUGUCGUAGACCUAAUUGAUCCGCGGCUAUAUGGAUUUUAUAUGUUUAUUGAAGUUGUGAUGCUUUGUAUAUAAAGGUAACAACAAUUGUUGUUUAGGUCAUUUGGUGAAAAUCUUUUGAGUGUGUGUGUGUGUGUGUGUGCAUCUAGUUGUUCUGAGAUCUAAUCGCUUGUAAGCUCCAGGAGGACAACAGUUACGUUGGUUUUAUUUGUCCGGCAAGAAAGAUCGAUAUUUUAUCCAAACACAUUGUUAUUAUUCAUAAUUUCCUAUUGUUGUAUAUUGUGAGAUUAAUCAGCAUUAAUAGAGUUUCAUCUAGACUGACCAUACUAAGUUUCAUUGUUGACAUAUCAACAAUUUAGUGAACCAACUGUGACCCAACAUUUCGAAUGGUAACAAAUAAUAUCGAUUUUAAAAAAAAAUCUCUUAAAUUGAGAUUUCUCAAAAAUGCAGACAUUUCAAGACAUAACAUAUUACUAGCUGUUUCUUUUUCUCAUAAGCCUCGGAAAUUGUAAAUUGAAGAAAAUAUGUAUCCCUUCGACUUGUACCAACACUGACUGUGCAAUAGAGUUAUGCAUUGUGUUUAUUGUACGUGUGUACAUAAUGAUAAAUAGACACACUUUUAGAGGAUGACAAACAGAUAAUAUGUUUUUGUACAUAUGUAUAAAAGAAAAAGUUCGAUCUAUAACUGAUUGAACUCAUGAGAUUCAAAAUGUUCUUGUUGUUGAGAAAUGGUGGAAGGGGGUACAUCGCAAGAAAUCGAAUAAAAUAAUUUUGAAAGCCAUUUA